UAUAAAUUUCAUGAAUUAUAAGGAAGGGAGGAAGCUCACGAGAGCAGACAGAACAAAAUCCUCCUGUGACUUUAAGAUCACGUCAAGGUGUGUCUGGUCUGAAGGUGCUCACGUAGAAGCUCUGACAUCUAAUGGUCUUCACUGAUGCAGGUGACUCAGUGUUCAUAGCUUGAACCUGUCGUUAGCAUUUCUUUGUAUUCUUUAUUUCCGCACCAUGAAGUUACAAAGUUUGGGAAUUUGUCUCCUGGCCCUGGUGGCUUUCUCCACAGCACAGGACUCAGAAAACACCAUGGCAAUGGCUGAGGACAACAUCACUACUGUGAGAACAGACACUGACAACACCACCAUGUUACCAGACAUCGUCACCACUAUGAUGCCAGAGAAUGAGAGUACCACAGUGAUGCUGGAGGACACCACCACCACCAUGAUGCCAUCUACCACCACCACUGAAAUGCCAAUUUCCACCACCACAAAACCACCCACAACCACCACUAAGAUGCCAUCAACCCCUACCACCACAGCAAUGCCAUCUACCACCAUGACCCAAAUUAGCACCAUCAUCAUGCAGUCUAGCUCUUCCACUAUUACACCAUUUACUACCACCAAUGUGCCACCUGAGAACAGCACCAACAGUACCAACCUUCUCAACAGCAGUCUAGGUUUGAAAGCUGUGCUAAUACCCUAUGUUCUACCUGUUCUAUUUUAUCUGGUGUGA